CAUAAACCCGCAUAAAGAAUAAAUAAAUUCAUUCCCGACUAUUGCCAUUUGGCCCCUCUGAAAUAGAUUGCAACUCACUGCAGCCUAGAAGAUUAGGCCACUGUGAACUGGUUGCCUUGAAGCUGCCUGCGAAGGGCAACUUUUGCUCACGUAUAUUAGACGAGCAGAUACAGCUUGACCCCAAACUGCCGUCCAGAGCGCGAACACAAAAUAUAAAAAGGGAAACAAUGGAUUUCAAGCCAGUUUCACUCUUUGGGGGGGCGCUUGCGCUGGAACUUCCCGCAACAUUUGCAGACGUCAGCACCAUCCGGGAGGUCCCAGAUCAUCAAGAAGUCUAUUUAGAUGCUGAAGGAUAUACUAAUGUGAUCAUCGAAAUCCUGGAACGAGUGGACAAGGACAAAGCGCCGACGGACGAGGACGCCACCAAAUACCACCUCAACGACAUCGUGUCUACUGAAACCGACGAGACCAGGUUCUGGGGCGGCGAAGCCGCGCAUUUGUCAAAGCUACCCGAAACUCCAGCAUACACGCUGUUCACCUCGCAGCACGUGGACAGGAACGCGCCAGGCCGCCAGUCCAAAGAAGACUUCACGGCAACGCUGCUGACGUUGGUGCGACUCGAAAAGCAAAAGACAGAUAUAUUGCUCGUGGUGAAUGUCCCUCAUCUACCUGGCCAGUACAACAAGGACGAGAUUGACUUUGAAAAUCGGAAGCUGGGAAAGCUGACGGAAGACGGUGUGAAGAUUCGUCAACGAAUCUUAGAGACCUUUGAGAUCAAGGACUAUAACCUUUUUGUAAAUGACGACAUGGAUGGUUGAGGAGGAGAGAUUGCUGGGAGGAAGAGCCGAGCUAAGGGAGAGAAAGGGAGGGAAACACAUUUGCAUAUCGGGAGAACAGCAAUAGCGAAACUGGUGUCGGACUAACAUUAGCAUUUAGAGAAAGAAAAUUUAUAUUUACAAAUCCCUGCCGAAUAAAUAUUGG